AUGUUGCCUUUCUGUCGUAAUGCAAGAAAUGCGUUCGUAACGAUGUUAACAAAAAAGUAUCAUUUUAGAAUCAAUAUUCCGACGUUACUUGUUACACUUUCUUUUCUUUUCUUAUGCGUACAUUAUUUAUCAUCCGCAAAGUGUUCGUCUAGCGAUCAAAUGAUUCAAGAUAAAUCCAAAUUCAGACUAAUGAUAUUAAUUCUAACGAGUCCAGAAAAUUUGGAGCAAAGGGAUACUGUUAGAAAAACAUGGCUUUCCGAAAAACAUGCAUCAGUGAAGCAUCUUUUUGCAGUGGGAACGUUGGAUGUUCUACCCGAACAAAGGGAUACGUUACUGUCUGAGAAACAAAAAUUUAAUGAUUUACUUUUGUUACCGAAGCUGCAAGAUUCUUAUAGGACAUUGACAAAGAAACUUCUGUAUUCUUUUAAAGAGAUUUAUGAGUAUUAUAAUUUUGAUUAUUUACUUAAGUGCGACGACGACACAUUCGUACUUGUACAUAAAAUAUUAAAGGAAUUAGACAAAUGGCAAAAUAAAGGUACGAAGAGAGAAUUGUAUUGGGGUUUUUUCAAUGGAAAAGCACAAGUGAAAAGAAGCGGACCAUGGAAAGAAAUGGAUUGGAUUUUAUGUGAUUACUACUUGCCAUAUGCAUUGGGUGGUGGAUAUAUUUUGUCAUAUAAUCUUAUCCAGUUCAUUAUUAGUAAUAUGGAAAUUCUUAAACUGCACAAUUCAGAAGAUGUGUCUGUUGGAUUAUGGCUUGCACCAUUAGCAAAUAUAGAAAGGAAGCAUGAUGUACGCUUUGAUACAGAGUAUAGAUCACGUGGCUGCUCUAAUCAAUAUAUAAUUACGCAUAAGCAAACUAUACAAAAUAUGAGAAAUAUGUAUGAGUAUUAUCAAGCUUCUGGAGCACUUUGUCCUAAAGAAAUUAGAAAUCGUAUGAGUUAUAGAUAUAAUUGGACUGUACCUCCAAGUCAAUGUUGCACUAGACAAACAGGAAUUCCUUAACAUAAUCAAUAUUCCUAUUGUCCUAUUCAGUAUUUUAGUCUCUUAAAGCAAUCUUUCCGAGCUUUGCUUCAUAAAUAUUAUAUUACACAUAUUAUAUAAAAAAAGUCAACUCAGUUUGUGAUAUUACUAAUAUGUUAUAAGAUAUGUAAUUUAAUAUUUAAUUAAAGUUUGAGAUAUACAUCAUUAAUAUUCUUUAAUAUGAUUCAGCUACUGUUAUAGCGAUCAUAUCUGUACAUAGAUGCUGUAAAUAUUUUGUAAUAAAGGACUAGUAAUCGAAAA